AUGGAGCAGAAACUUCCCACUGUGUCCCUAACAGACAUGAAACUGGACUGCAGGCCUGAUUACAUGACGCUGGUGUGGACCGAGAGCAGACCGCAGGCCGACACCUCACUCCUCCGGCUGGGCAGCUGCUUUCCCACCAGCGUCACAGUUCGAGAGGCUGUUUUCAGCGUGGACCUCAAUGAUUGUCACUUCAGGAGACUGGUUACCGGGAAUCACCUGAUGUACACCAAUGAUCUGAUUUACUAUUCUCCUCCUAAUUCUCUCAUCCCUUCCUUCACUCUCCCUGUUGUCUGUGCGUAUGAAAGGCCCAAAGACUGGUUCCCAGCCAUUUAUGAACCAGUGUUUAGUACAUUCAAUCGAGAUGAUCUCGUGUUCCAUUUUGGACUUAUGAAUGCGGACUUCUCUGGCCCUGCCGAAUCCACCAGUUUUUCCCUGGGCUCCUUCAUCCCCAUCAUGGCCAGCGUGGAGCAGCAGCACCAUCAGCCCUUGCUGCUGCUUCUGGAUGAAUGUGUAGCUGCCACAACACCGGAGCUGCAGCAUGAAAGCAAUUUAUACCCAAUAAUCACCAAUAAGGGGUGUCUCAUGGACAGCAAGACGUCACGCUCAAAAUAUGAACCAAGAGUGAAGACGUCAGAGAUCCGCUUGUCCCUUCAAGCCUUUAAGUUUGCUCUGGGAGAGGACGUAUUCAUCCACUGCAACCUUGUGGCUUGGGACCCCAAUGCUCUUGACCACACCAAGAAGGCCUGUCACUAUGUUAAAGAUCAUGGCUGGGAGCUGCUGGAUCAUCCUACAUACAGCAGUUAUUGUGACUGCUGUGAAACCAGCUGCAAGUCCAGGAAGACGAGAAGUCUGGCAUCAGGGAAGCAUGGAGUCGAACGUAAAGCAGUCCUUGGGCCCAUUACCGUCACUGAUUCCUGA